AUAAGUCCCCCUCACCUUAGCUACUCAUUUUAGUCGGUGUCAUCGUCUCCACUGUUCGGCCCGCUCGGUUGCCUCCUUCCUUCAAACCCUAGAACUGAGGUAAGUGUAGAAAAGGUUAAGAGAAAAUGUCGGACAAAACCAAAGGAAGAAAAGAAGAGGUGGUGACAAGGGAGUACACCAUCAACCUCCACAAGCGCUUACAUAGCUGUACAUUCAAGAAGAAGGCCCCAACGGCCAUCAAGGAGAUCCGGAAGUUUGCACAGAAAGCUAUGGGCACCAAGGAUGUAAGAGUGGAUGUGAAGCUGAACAAGCAGAUAUGGAGCAGGGGUAUCCGAAGUGUUCCAAGGCGUGUCAGAGUUCGUAUUGCUCGCAAGAGGAAUGAUGAUGAAGAUGCAAAGGAAGAGCUAUACUCUUUGGUUACUGUUGCAGAGAUCCCAGCAGAGGGAUUGAAGGGUCUUGGUACCAAAAUCAUUGAAGAUGAGGACUAAACUGUCGUUAUUAAUGAAGAAUGAUAAUAUUAAAUGCUAUUUUCAUUCUUUUCCUAGUGUUAUGAGACUGUCAAUUUUGUCAGGGUACUUAAUAUUUAUGUUUUAUCAAGCAUCAGAGGUGUUACCAUGAGUUUAUAUGUUUGCUUCUGUUUCCUGUUUCUCAUUGUUAUAUCAGUUGUAUCCUUUCUGGUGAAUUGCUUUAUAGCUACAGUUAUAAAUACAUAGUUUGUGGGUA